AUGGAUGCAGUUCAAGUUGAAAAGCCCGGGAAGGAGACUUCCCCAGUCGAGGAAGAACUGCAAGUCGUCCAAAAAGGGCGAUGGGAGCGCAGUUGGCCUAUCAUUGCGUGUGGUGCUGGCCUCUUUUCCGAUGGGUAUCUGAAUGGCGUCAUCGGCUCCGUCGACACGAUGCUAUCGCGGAUCUACCCCACUAGCUACAAAAAUUCCCCCGCGCUCCGCAAUGUCUCCUCCCUCGUCUUUGUCGGCGAAGUCGUCGGCAUGUUGAUCUUUGGCAUCACCAGUGACUAUUUCUCGCGGAAAUGGUCUCUGAUGGCCUCGACCGUCAUUGUCAUUCUCUUCGCUGCGCUCAGUGCUGGCUCGUACGGUGCCAACGGCAGCCCCAACGGUCUCUUUGCCGCGCUGACCGCGUAUCGCUUCCUGAUGGGCAUCGGCAUUGGGGGUGAAUACCCCGCGGGCUCUGUCGCGGCAGCUGAAAGUACAAACGAACUCAAGGAGGGUCACCGUAACCGUUGGUUCAUCUUUUUCACCGACUUCAUCAUCGACUUUGGAUUCGUGGUGGCCGCGUUCGUGCCAAUGGUCCUGGUCCUGAUCUUUGGUGAAGAUCGCCUCGAGGCACCCUGGCGCAUUGCGCUUGGGCUGGGUGUCUUGCCGCCGUUGAGCUUGGUUUACCUGCGUCUGAAACUGGAAGAGCCGGAGGAGUUCACCCAGGAGCGUAUGCGUCGUUUCCCUUACGGUCUGAUCAUCAAGUAUCACUGGAAAAACCUCCUGAUCGUCUCCCUCGUCUGGUUCAUCUAUGAUUUCUCCGUCUUCGCGUUCGGCACUUACUCUUCUGUCUGGCUGUCGACAAUCCUUGGCAAAUCAGCCCCCCUGUGGCACACCUUUGGCUGGAACGUGGUCGUCAAUCUCUUCUACUUGCCCGGGUCAAUGGCCGGAGCAUUCAUCAGUGACUGGAUUGGUCCCCGCAAGUGUCUGGUCUACGGGAUGACCGCCCAGGCCGUCGUGGGUUUCAUCAUGUCAGGCUGCUACGCGUACCUGAGAUUGCCUCAGAACGUGGCCGCAUUUGUUGUCGUUUACGGUAUCUUCCUCUCGUUGGGCGAGCUCGGCCCCGGCGACAACAUCGGUCUUCUGGCAUCCAAGACCAGCGCCACUGCCGUUCGAGGUCAAUACUACGCCAUCGCGGCAGCUAUUGGAAAAAUCGGUGCAUUCGUCGGCACCUACGUGUUCCCUAUCCUUCAGAACAACCCCGACCCGAUCGCCGCUGGCCAGAAUCCAUUCUUCGUUGCCAGCUCGCUAUGCAUUUUUGCGUCUGCGAUUGUCUGGUUCGGGCUUCCUCAUAUCGGACAGGAUACAAUCAGCAAGCAUGAUCGUGAGUUCCGUGAAUACUUGGAAGCUCAUGGGUAUGAUGUUUCUACCCUUGGACAGCGUGCCCAGUGA